AUGACCCCGUCGCCAUCCAGAGGUCUUGUAAAGUCAUCCAAUUCGCAUCGGUCCCUGGUGUUUCAUUCUGAAGAAUGGACUGCGCGCAAUCUCAGUUCCGACUAUCAAGAGAUUCAAAUACGUACCUUGACAGCUUGGGUGAAUGCGCAACUAGGAGAGCAGGCUAUUGUUGAUAUGCGCAAGGAUUUGCAAGAUGGGAGGCACUUGUUACAGUUACUAGCGACUGUGGAGGAUGAUGACGAUGACGCGCCAAAACCAGAGAAAGGACGAAUGCGUAUCCAUCAAUUAUCCAAUGUUGCACAGGCCUUGAGCAUUUUAUCGAAACGGCAUGAUGAUGUACCUGAUAUCGGCAAUGAAGCUAUCGUCAAUGGCGACUUGAAGAGGACCCUUGCAUUGCUGUUCUAUAUUAUGACAAAGUAUCAAUUUCAACCCAUUCUAGACGAUCCAUCUCUCAAGCAUGACCCAACAACAACAACAACCGACCCAUUAUUAGAUCAUCACCAUAUCAAGCCAUCACCGUCAUCAUCCAGCAUGUCACUCCAUAUCAAACAUCACCAACAACAGCAUCUUUUACCCUCUACAUUGAAACCAUCUCGUAGUAGCAACAGUAUUCAUCACACAAUGGCGUCUUCAUCGGCAUUGACAGAGGCUAAAGCAGCUCUUUUACGAUGGGUUCGGAUUCAGCUUGAUGAUUAUACACCACACAUCUUGGGAACGAUACAGGACUUUAGUCGAUCAUGGCGUUCGGGUCUUGCAUUUUGUCUCUUGAUUCAUUGUCACGAUCCUGAUCUUGUCCCAACCUUGUUUGAUACCUAUUUGCAUACCACCAUCGCGCUAUCACAUGAAUUUACAAAGGAACAAUGGCAUGAAAUGCUGUCAUUGGCAUUUGAUACAGCAGCACAACAAAUGCAUGUGCCUCGAUAUCUGGAACCAGAGGAUUUGACAGAGGUGGAUUAUCCGCAUGAACCUAGUGUGAUGAUGUACGUCACCGAGUAUUAUCGUAUCAUGUCAGCUGCACAAUCCAAUGAAUCAGAAAAUCAAAAGGCGCUUCGCGUUGCCAAGCGACGUGCAUGUAUCCAUCAACUACUCGAAUCUAUGCAAAUACCAACAACAACAACAUCAACUUCAUCAUCAUCGCUAUCACAUCAAGAGGAAAAUCACCAUGAUGACGUUGCUAUGGAAGAGGACAAAGACACAUUGAUUGAGGAGUAUAAACAAAAAAUCGACACGAUUCAACAGGAUGCACACAUCUCCCCAGCAAAAACACUUCAGGCAAUUGUUGCACUGGAUACAUUGGCAGAUGAUAUCAAAAAGCAUGGUGGUGAUGACAACUUGAACAACAUUGUCACAUUGACACGUGAACGAUUGAAGCGGUUGGAAAAGGAAUGGGAGGAUCAUCAUCAAAACGGUGGUUGCCAUGAAAAGACGUUGCCUGUUCAACAAGAAAUGAAUCGUAUACGGCACAUGGUAGAGCAGAAUCCAUAUGCUGGGAUGCAUCCAUUGGAUGGCAAGGAUGACGAUAUCAAAGCAUACGAGCAAUUCAUUACGGAGCUUACAUCUUCCAUAUCAACAUUCAACACGACUUUUUGGGAUACAUUGGAUCAGGACUUGAUCACCACGCAGCUGAAGCAGCAACAUGAAUCACUUUUAUCCACCCUCGACACACAAACAAAACGCGUACAAUGGUUCAAACGUGGCGUAUCUUUUGGCAACAUUACUCGAGCUGUGAGCGAGCAAUUGGACAUUGUACAAAGCAUCAUGAAUGAUAGCAGCAAUAGCCACAGCGUGACGGACGAUGCUAUUCAAGAUCUUGAGAAAAGGGUGGAUGUUGCACGUACAGCUAUUCAUGCGAUCCAUGACGAAUACGCGGACGAUUUAGACAACGAUCCUCGGUCCAUGGAGCAUAUGAACGCACUCGAGACGACUUAUCGUACGAUUCGUGAUUGGGUGGAUGAGGUGCGAUCCUGGUUUAUUGAAGCUGAACGUAUCCGGGCAUGGAUCGAUCAAAGGAUUGAGACCCUUGAGCAGCGGAAUGAGAAGCAUAAAGAUGUGGAUCCAUUGGGUGAAUGUCUUAUGCUUUCGGAUGAUAUCAUUGAGGGAUUGGACAAAGAGCACGAGCAGUUGCGUACUGAAGUGGAACGAUUUGAUGCGGAUGAUAUGGCACGGUUACGAGCUCAUGUCAAGAACCUCACCUUGAAUCGCAGUGAUUCGGAUUUGACACCUGCUGACACAUCCACGAUCGAAAUCACCUUGACAACUCUGAACAUGUUGAAUCGAUUGAUGCAGAUGUUACAUACACGCUCUGUCUUUGUGGAUAUGCUCGUUCUACGAUUAAAAUGGGAGCAUUUAUUUGCCGAUGCUGUCAAAUGGAUUGCACAAACAGACGAUGAGAUGACUCAGUUUCUACGACGACGAAGCCGAUGGAUGGAUGAUCAACAAGACGACCAAGAAGGGGAAGAAGAAGAAAAUGAUGAUAGUAUCGAGCAUGUUGUCAAGACAUUGGUGACCCUGGAACGCAAGAUUGCUGAUUUCGAUCAACAUGAUUAUUCACACGUAUUGGAUGCAUAUCAAGAAAUGGAAGAUUUACAUCAACCAUCAUCGCCUAUACCACCAUACCUCGAGACGCGUCAAGAGAAUUUUGAGAAAGCAUUUGAAGAUUUGAUGAAACGAGCUGCCUAUUGUCGCAAAGUGGUUGAGCAACGUUUGGCUGUGAUGGAAGUGGUGUCUCAAUAUCGAUUGAUUCGGGAUCAAGGUGAACAGCUGCGUAAAACACUUUCAUCCAUGGGCGACAAGUAUGUUCAAGAGGAUCAAGAACGGCUGGCUGAGGACAUUGACGACUUUAAGGAGAAGUCCGCUCAGUUGAUCUCGCAUUUUGCUGCACGUGUACCUUAUCCACAAGUGGACGAGAUGGCUACAGCUGCCAUUGGGGCAGGGGAUGCUCAAGAUAAUCAAGCCGUGAAUGAAGCGAUUCGUAGUGCCAUUAGCACCUAUGGCAUGGCACUUGCUUUGACAGCUGAAGGAUUGGAUCAAUUGCUUGCCGCUCGACAAGAUACAUUAUCGUUGCAUCAACGUUCACGAGAGGCAUAUGACAAAAUGACGCGACUCACCGCUUGGAUGCAUGAACGCAUGCGAAUCUUGGGCCGUGUUGAUCUCAAUAAUCCUGCCACGCAACAAAAGCUUUUGGAUGAUGAGAGUGAGGUGGCAAGAUUGGAAAAGGAACGUGAGACCACCGCUUUACGAUUGGAUCAAAUGGAACAUGAAGAUCUGGCAUCUGUGCUGAGACAAGUACAACAAUUGGAAGACGAUAUUGAUCGGGCCAAUGCUGUAUCCAUUGAUCGUGGAUCACUCGUAUCGUGUAUUGAAGAUUUGGAACGUGCCCAUCGGGAAUUGCAGCACAUGUUGACAUCACGUGGACAAACCUUGGAUAUGAUUAAGCAGCGUGCAGCUUGGCAAGCACAAUGGAUCAAGACCAACCAUCAUAUCCUUACGGUGGCUCGCAAAACAUGGGAUCUUUGUAUCAAAAAGGCACGCUAUGACCCUCGUCGUGAGGACCCUGACAAGCCAUCGUAUGCAGGUGAUAGUGAACAUGCGCAGGCAUUACAAACACUGCAGGAUCGUGUCACCGAGAUUGAAGAUCGACAUAUGGGUUUAUUGCGUACCGUGGAUGAAGGCAAUGCUCAAUUGGUAGAGAUAGAAACCAAGUUGAGUGAUUUGAGACACUUGCUUCACUACACGUCCGAAUUGAUGACACAGCGCGCUAUCGUCACCGAGUUUCUACUUCGUGCUCAAGAUGCUCAUCGUGAAGGAGAUAAAUUGAAGGAUGCCAUUGUCAAAGCAACACGCCGUAUCCAACAUGAUGAUGGUUUCCAAGGACGUGUCGAUGGCUUUAAAAGUGAGGUGAAACGGAUCUGGGAUGAGUGCGUGGUGCCUUGGCCAACCUAUCAAGGUGGUCCAUUAUUGCGUGCUUUACAACCUGCCGAAUCAAGUAGCAAUUAUGCCGCUCAAGUCAAGGCCCAAGUCAAGGCAUUGUUGGAUGCACGAAUGGAAGAAUUGUACGCUUUGCAAACGAGUAUUGAAAAUGCCAUGAAGGAGUACAAUGAAAUGCAUCGAACCAAUGCAUUGGUCAAGGAAUACGAUGCUGAGGCUGAAUCGUUACAACAAUGGCUUGAUCAACAAGCAGCGGCAUUGCGGGCACAACAUGUGGAUGUGGCAGCUGAGGAAGGCAAUUUCAUUGUGUCGGAUAUCACUCAAUUGGAACAAAAGCAUGCCGAGUUGACACACGCCGUGGAUACCUUUGAGCAAAACCAAGUGCGUGAAUUACAUGACAAGGUGAUUGGUCUUGAAAACAUCAUCAUGACUGAACCAGCACGUCAACGAUUGGGUCAAGUUAUGCACACGCUUGAACAGCUCAAACUUGCAUUAGCCGAUCAUGUGAUUACGAUGGAAGCAGCAGCUGCACGACUUGCAUGGCAAGAAAAGUUACACGCUGGCAAGCAGGAUAUGGAUGCUUUGACUGAAUCAUUACGUCGAUUCACCGCCAACAAGAAUAUGUGGGUGACUCAACCUGAUUUCGGUCAUGACCAUUUGCAGCAACUAGAAACGCAAUGGAAUGCCCUCAUGGAACAAAAGCACAUGCUGAUGGAGACCACGUUACCAGCCAUUGAAACCAGCUAUGAGACCUUUGUCAGCUACUUUUCAAAAUUGGCCCGACCCAUGGCAACGCCGGAUCAUCUGGAAGCGAUGAUGGAAUCACUGCAUCGAGCAAUGACAAGAUUGGAAGAGACACUAGGAGCACGUGCCAAAGAAUUGGAAUUGAUGCGUGACCGAGUUGAUUUGGCAGAUCAAUUACAAGCAUCCCUUGCAUGGUUAAGCACACAUCGACAAGAGCUUGAGACAUUAAUUGAGGAGCACAUCAAGUGGAAACCUGAAGGAUGGGAUGAAGAUGUGGACAAGCUGCAGGAACAAAAGGAUACGAUGCACGCUGAAUUUGUCAAGCAUUGUGAGGAGACUGCUUUGGGAUUACGCAAGACCUUGGAUGAUCUAUGUGAAUCAGCGGCAUCUCAUGGUACGGUGAUUGUGUCCGAUUCUUUCAAGAAACAAAUGCAACAAUUGGACACUGCACAAGAUGGCAUUCGCGAUCAUUUCGAUUUCAGUACCGCUUUACUGAUUCAAACACGUGCUGUGUGUGCAUUCAUGGUACAAGCAACCGAACUUGAGACCCAAGCAGACACUAUUCGAGACGACCUUGCAUCGACCCAUUCACCUUCUUCCUCAGGAUAUCAAUCACAGCAACAGCAUGAGGAUUGGGCAAUGGCUUUUAUGGAUCGAUUGUACGAACUCAAGAAUGGUAUUGAUCAUAUGCCAAGUAUCUCUUAUCCAAAUUCGAAUGAUGAGACCAACAAUGACAUGAUUCGUGAUUGGGUGGAUAUGCGAACACGGCGUCUGUAUGGUUUGCAUGCUAGCUUGGAACAAUUGCUCGAAUCCAAGGAAGGCAUUUCGCGUAAAAAGAUUACAUUGCAGGCGUACCUUAAGGAAGCGGAGACGUGCCGUAACUGGAUUGCUGAACGUAUGGAUGCAUUGGUAUUCAAUGCCGAUGACAAUGGCGACGUGGCCAAGUUACGCAAAGCUAUUCAACAUGUGGAAGGUGUACAAGCUGCCAUGGCUGCUCACGGCAAUGUAUGGGAGACUACGCAGACCGCCUAUGCCAAAUGCAGGGAUCCUGAGCCUAGCAUUCAAGAACAGCACACAUCUCUUGAAAAGGCAUGGAUGGCAUUAGAUACCAAGACACGUGAAUACAAGCAAUCUUUAUUGGCAGCACUUGAACCAGCUGAGAUCCGACAAGGCAUUGCACGAUUGAAAGCUGCUUAUGAUACGCUAGAAGACGCCAUCACACAUGCCGAUACUGCUACUGUGAGUGACGAACAAAUGGCAGAAUGGCAAAAGGACAUGGAUACGUAUGAAUCGGUCGACUAUGCCAAUUUGCUCAAGGCGGUGAAGCACGACGAUGACGAUAUUCGCGCACAAUUGGAUACGGUAGCAGAGCAAGCGGUUGCAGUGCGUGCUAUGAUGACUACCUUGUACGACGCAGUGAAUGCAUCUCGGCUGCAACGUACUCAUGCCGAGAAUGCAAUGGUGGUACAAACUCGCCUACAAAAGGUCCGUGCGUUUAUGCAGCAAGCUGAUCACGUGCAGCAUCUUGCUCUUGAAUACGAUGAUUGUCGCGACGCUUAUGGUGAUUUGCAAGCCUAUCACGCUUUUAUUGGUGGUCAAGUGAUAUCAGAGGAGAUCAAGCAUGCCAUUGAUCAAGUGCAAGCAAAAGUGGAUGAGGAAUGGGCCUUAUUGGAAUCGGCAAAGAAUGACUUGGCAGCCCGUGAAGCACGUACUGAAAAGUGGGCCAAACAACAUGAAGCCCUUGAAGCCUUGGCAACUCAACUCGAAGCGAUUGAAUUGGAUGCCAAAGCGAGGAAACCGGUUGAAAACAUCAUGUCGGCUUUGCGUGAAUUGGACAUCUCAUUGAAUGAGGAUAAGGAAGCCCACGUGUUCAUGCAGCGACACAAGGAGGUCACAAAGCAAGCUGAAGAUUUGAUGAGCAAAAUCAAGGCACUUGAGAUGGAAUCACGUAGGGGACCUGUAUUGGCGUCUAUCAAAGAUCAAGUUUCUGGUAUCCAGGCAACCAUCGAUCAACACGUCACUACGCUCGAAAAGGAACAGAAUGCCCUUGAAUGGAACAAUGAUGAUAUUAUCAAACGUGCACGUACACACAAACGAACAGUGGAUGCUCAACGCACGAUGCAUGCUGAAUGCAAUGAGGAGAUUACAACAGGUGGUCUUUAUCAGCAGUGUCAGCAAUUGGUGAAUGAAUAUGGCAUGGACAAAAAGGAGGUGGAUGAGCUAGUACAGCCAUUGGCGGCAGCAUUGGAUGCUUGGCAAGCAUUGAUCCAGCAAGAAGAUGCAUUCAGCAACGUUGCACAAAUGUAUACGAAACAUCAUCAACAAGUGAGUGCUUUCCAAGAUACACUUGCCACCAUUUCAACGGCUGUACCUAUUGGCAUGGAUGAUGAUGAUGAGGAGGAACAAGAAGACAAUGAUGAAUCUGGAUUGCAAGAGACGAUGGAUCACCUUGUUCAAUUUGCAAAGGAUAUCACCACCAAAGCAUGUCCUACUCCCAGCGACGACGACAAACGAUACACGUGUAUUCGAGAGGCAUUAGAGCAAUGUAUGGCUGAUUUACAGAAGCAGUAUGAUCAAGUGAAAGCAAGUUUGGAUGAGAGACGUGCUCGACGAGCUGAGAGGCGACAAAAACGUGAAGCGGAUGCGAAGGUGGCUGAAUUGAUACGACAUGCCGAGAGUCUAAAGACAAGAGUGGAAGCAUUGGAAUGGAAGGAUAACACGAUCACACCUAUUGAGCAGCAAGAGUUUCGUGAGCUUGAGGAUCAAGUGGCCCAACUUUUGGAACAAGCCAAGAAGCAUCCUAAGGCGAGUACAUGCAUGAAAGACUUGGAAGAGGUGAUGAAGCAGCGUCGUGAGCAAUUGGCAUCUCAAAGCAACUGGACGGAGUUGAUGAGCAUGUUGGAUCAACUUGAGGAACAAGCAUCAUUGCUUUCAACAGCUGUGGACGAUGCAGCACCUCAUCAUGCAAGCAUUGUCAAUAACAAGUUCAGCAAGAGCGAUCUUCAAUCACUGCUAAAGGUGUUGGUGGGAGCCUACAAGCAACACGAACCAACCAUGACCCAUCUCGUAAGACGUGCCAAAGCAGAAGCGGGUGAUCGUACACCUCCUGAAAGAAUGCAACAAGUGCUUAUGAAAUGCAACAAGGUGCGUGCAUCAGCAGCUGCACGUGAGCGUGAAUUACAAAUGUGUAUCAGUCAAUUGGAUCAUGAAUUCUUUACCAAGUUGGCCAUGGCAAAAUCCAAGCCCAAGAGACGAAAGACUCCUGCUCCUCCUCGUUCUACAACACCCAUAUCCAUGUCACGUCGAUCAUCGAGUCAAGGUAGCAGCAGCAAUACUGCUAAUCGCACGACGCCCAGCUUGAGGCCUUCGAAAACGCCUUCUCGUACACGCUAUGUAGCUGAUCCCAAGAAUGAGUUGGAUAUGGAAUUGGGUCGUAUCGUCAAUGAGAACCCUUACCGCGUCAAGGUCAAGAUGGUCCCUGGUGAAGUGGGCAAGUAUUGGUUUGGAGAAGUCAAUCCAAGGCUUGUUUAUUGUCGUAUCUUACCCAGCAAGCUUGUCAUGGUGCGUGUGGGUGGUGGUUGGGUUGAAUUGUCAAAGUUUUUGUUUGAUCACAACUUGACCGAAGGUACACCACGUAACGCAGCGACAGCAACCACGGAGGAAUCAUCAUCAUUAGCAGCAGCAGCAGCAGCCAGUAGUAGUACUACACUAUCCCAUACAAGUAGCAGUGAAUCUUCAGGCGGCUCGCUCUCAUCCACUUUUCACCAUCAUCCUUCUGUUUCGGCUGCACGUUGUGUAUCCCCAUCAGGACGUAUCAGUAUUCGUGGUGGUGGUACAACAUCUGCAAGUACAAGUGAACAUCUCUUGUCAGUCACUCGAUCUUCAACUUCAUCCUCAGCCAGCCGUCGUUCCAAAACACCACGUGGAGGUUAUGUGGAUGGUGACAAAUAUAUCCGAGUGGAUGAAGCUGGUAAUCAAGUCAUGGUGAAAAUGACCAAGGCAGAAGAUGGUGCCAAAAUGCCCAUUGGCAAGCGUAGAUAA